GUAGAAACUAGAAAGCUACACUGUACGAUAAUGUCAAUGUAGAGAGAGAGAGAGAGAGAGAGGUUUUUGUUUUACAGAGAGAAACUGUUUAGAGAGAGAGAGAGAGAGAGAAACACUGACAGGCACCAGAAGGAGCUAGCACUCAAGGCCAAAAACCAUACAAGAUUUUGGAUAAUAAUCUUCAUCGCUCUGAGAUCCAUUCCAGCUUCAGAUUGUUGAGGCACACCAACACCAACAUGGGUUGUCCUUACAUAGCUUGAUUUUUACUGGGUCAACUGGUUUAAGAUGGGUUUGUUCAUGUUCAUUCAAUGAGUCACAUACCCACAUAGCUCUAAAGUUAAAAUUCUUUUCUUUUCUCUGGGUUCUGUGUAAUUUGUUCACGUGGGUCAUUCUAAUUCCCUUCGAUUGCUGAGAUAAUUCAACUUCAAGUUCCAUUCAGAAUUGGGUUUCCCUCUGAUUGCAUAUAAGGAGAGUCCUUUGAGGUGAGACAACGAAUUUUGAUGAGCUAUGGGGGAGCAUGUAGCAGCCUUGCACACUGCUACUAACGCUUUGCAAGCAUUAGGGAGGGGCUUUGAUGUGAACUUUGAUACGAGGUUGCUUUAUUGUAAAGGAGUUUCAGGGUCUAGGGUAGUUGAGAUUGAUGAGGAACACCCGAGGGAACUUUGGUUGUACGAUGAUGUGGUUGUUCCCAAUGUUUCCAGGGACAUUAGAAACUCUCAGGAGUCCGUAGGGCGUCAGAGUUCUGGGGUCUGCAGUUUCCAAGAGAUGGUGGAAUAUUUCAAUCAUAAGGCAAAUAUAUCAGGCAGCUUUCCCCUUGGGAGCUUUAAUUCCGCAUUUAGCUUCACUGGUUCUAAACAUGUUGAUGCUGCAGCCACAAAAACCUUGUCUUCAGAUGGGUUUUACAUUCCCCUUGCAAAGGUUCAGCUUAAAAAGACCCACUUAAUGUUGCAAGAAAAUGUCAAAAGGGCUGUCCCAGUCAAUUGGGAUCCACCAUCCUUGGCAAGCUUUAUUGAAAAUUUUGGGACGCAUGUCAUUACAUCAAUAACUAUUGGUGGUAAAGAUGUUAUUUAUGUUAAACAACACCAUACUUCACCUUUGUCAAAGUUGGAGAUAAAAAACUAUAUUCAGGAUAUUGGAAAUCAAAGGUUCUCUGACAUCAAUAGCCAUACAAGCUCAGGUCAAAUAAAAUCCAAGGAUAAGGGUGUUGAUCCAUUUUCAUUCAAUAAUCAAGGGAUUUACCCUCAACCGACAACUGCAACAUAUUCUACUGGGAAGGAAGAUGUCACAGUCAUUUUUAGAAGAAGAGGAGGAGAUGAUUUGGAACAAAACCACAGUAAAUGGGUAAGAACUGUCAAAUCCUCCCCAGAUAUCAUUCAGAUGACUUUCUGUCCUAUAACAGAUCUCCUUGAUGAAAUACCUGCCAAGGAGCAUUUGACUCGUGCAAUCGGUCUUUAUCUUGAAUAUAAACCUCCAAUUGAAGAACUUAGAUAUUUCCUAGAGUUUCAGAUUCCUCGUGUUUGGGCUCCUUUACAGGACAGGAUUCCUGGUCAACAAAGGAAGGAACCUGUGUGCCCAUCGUUGCAAUUCAGCAUAAUGGGCCAGAAACUUUAUGUCAGUCAAGAACAGAUUACAGUUGGACGUAGGCCAGUAACUGGCUUACGUCUUUGUCUAGAAGGAAGCAAGCAAAAUAGGCUGAGUGUUCAUCUUCAACACUUGGUAUCCCUUCCGAAGAUCCUUCAGCCAUAUUGGGACAGCCAUGUAGCUAUCGGUGCGCCCAAGUGGCAGGGACCUGAGGAACAAGAUAGCAGGUGGUUUGAGCCGGUUAAGUGGAAGAAUUUUUCUCAUGUGAGCACUGCACCAAUUGAGAACCCUGAAGGCUUUAUAGGAGACUUCUCUGGUGUCUACAUAGUUACUGGAGCACAGCUUGGGGUGUGGGAUUUUGGAUCAAGGAAUGUGUUGUACAUGAAACUUUUAUAUUCAAGGUUGCCUGGCUGCACAAUCCGAAGAUCACUGUGGGAUCACGUCCCGGAUAAGUCACCGAAAAUUGUGAAUGCUGGGAACACUUCCAACCCAGAUGGCUCAAGCUUUGGUUCUAGAGAAAACAUCACAGGGAACAAGUUGGUGAAGUAUGUUGACUUGUCUGAAAUGAACAAAGGACCCCAAGAUCCUCCUGGACAUUGGUUAGUAACUGGUGGAAAGCUUGGUGUUGAAAAAGGGAAAAUUGUUUUGAGAUUGAAAUAUUCGUUGCUUAAUUACUGAUUUUACUGUCCAAGUUGCUUGUGUUAAGAGGAAGCAGUGUUUGAGGAGCAUAUGAUUUUCCCUUGUGGUCCAUGUAAAAUCUUUUUGCGGUUUGAUGACCUGAGUUGAAUAGGAAGCUUAUAAUGCUAUUUUGCUUACUGGAUCCAUAUUGUGGUGGCAAGUGCUGUUUCUUUUUCCAUUGCUAAUGAUGAUGUGAUGACCACAUCUCAUAGGAGUUAGAACCUGUUUUCCAUCAUGCACAUUUAAGGUAAUGUUCAUAUCUUUACAGCAUUGAGAAUACAACAUGACAAAACAUCCUUGAUUUCCUCUCUCUCUCUCUCUCUCGUUCUCUAACAGAAGUCUUGAAUAUCCUUAUCUUCUAUUGUUCUCUUUUGUGGGAUACAUUCCCUAACCAGUUCUUCUUCUAUUUGCAUAUGCUUGUGCAUUUCACGUGUCAUGACCCGUACUAGGUCACGGUUUAUGCAUAGGCUGUCUAAUAUAGCCUGUAAAGCAAUCAGAGUUCAGUUGAGACAGGUCUAAGAACGAAAGGAGAGAGAAAAGAGAAUUCUGCAGUAGUUGAAAGUAGCUAAUACGAGUAAAUACAUUCAAUGAAUAAUUCACUAUACAGUUGUACAAUAUAUAGGC